AUGCUGUCGGAAUUGGUUGCUUUUGACAGUUUCAGUGUCGAGCCUGAUGCUUCUUAUGACGUAGAAAAAAAUGUGUCUGAGACGUCCUUUGCUCCAUCUGGUGAAAGUAUUAGCCGUGCCGGUGGUUCUGCAUUUAAUGUGUCCGAUUUCGGUGAUAGAAUUUUUCUCUGGCGUUCUGACUUCGACAAAUUAACUAUCCACGAGAUAUCAUUUAAUAGGGAAAUUAAUCGGAAUUCAAUUGAACUCAACUUUUCCAAUGCGAAAGCAUUAAAUUGUGGCAUAUACUAUGAAAAGUCUGGUUUGUACAUUCUUGUUUCAACAACUGAUGGUGUCUAUCAGCAUCGCUUUCCCUCAUCCGAGAAGACAAAUAAACUCGAAUCUCUUCUGAAUAAUUACGAAGAUUCAGAAUCUCAGUUUUACCCAUUUAAGGGUCUCUCACCCCAGGGAAUAAUCUGCUCUACCACUUUUCGACAUAUGGAUGAAUAUUCCCUCUUUGGUUUCGGUCUUAAAGGAGGCACUGUAGUACUUGUCUCUAUUUCUGAAGCUGGUCAAGUUAUCAAUGAGUUGACCGUGUCAGCGCAACAUUUCAGUUUGUUGUCGGGAAUAUUUCCUUUGUCAUCCAAAGACGUCGAUGGAAUUCAAGAACAUCCCGUUUCCGUGGCAUUUCUUACCAAUGGAUUUAUGUUACCGAAUAUUGUUUGCGUAUCAAAAGAUCAUUAUUUCCGUGCAUGGGAUAUUAAGUACAAUCAAUGUAUUUCUUCUAUUGAUUUACUCAAAUGUCUUAACAAGUAUUCGAAUUCAUUUGGGAAUUUCACAUACAAUCUCCAGCGUAGUCAAGCCUUUGCUCCGGGCUUGAAUCAUCGUAUAAAAUCUAUCAAGAAUUUUGCUCUGAUUUACCUUGAAUUACAACCAACUAGGAAGAUUUCAAUUCCUUCCCCUCCAAUGUCAUUUUGGAUUUGGAUAAAAUCAUCUGUUAUGCCUAGAGGAAAUGUCAACUUUGAGAUAAUCAAGGUCGAGCGUAUUGAGCAUAUGCCUGUUUUCCAGUCCUCAUAUUCAGCUUCCGUCAGUUCAUUGAUUGAUUUUUCACCACAUUUGAUCUAUGAAAACUCAUUAAAUGCUUCUGGUGAUGAAAUGGAUACCACAUCACCGAAAAAUGAAGUACCUACCUCUUUAGAUGGUAACGUGAAUGCCAUUCCAUUUCCAGGUGUUUGGUCAUUGAUUGAUCUCCCCAAUUCGGAAGGAUCUAGUCAACCUGUUCUGCACUCCGAAUUGUUCGACUUGGAUCCCACUGUAAUUUCAUUAAAGUCUGCCUCGACCGCGAUUGGAAAUACCCUAAUUCAGCCAUGGCAAGAACCCCUACCCCAGUCUGUUUUCCAGGCACAACUGGAUGGCAAAAGAUCCAACAUAUUUAAUGAAAUCGAAAACAGUUGCAAUGUCUCCGCCUUCUUAGAUUUCAUUUUUAUGCCUGGUCGAUUUACGAAAGAGGCUAUCUGUAAGGCGUUUAAGACGUUAAGACAUGCCCAAUCUCUCGAUGAUUCCUGUCUUUCUCCGGAUGAUGAAAUAGCUAGAAUUGGUGAAAGUAUUAGAAAUUCGUUGCUGCAUGAAUUUUCAUGUGAAGAGUUACCAACGGCGUUGAGGACUUUUCAUCAGAGCAUUGUGGACUAUCAUCAGCGUUCCCUGGAACCCCUGGGUCUUUUCUGUGUUAAAUCAACUGGGGACGUGAUAGUUGUACAUCGGUCAGGAAUAUCAGUAACGAGGCCCCUUCAAUCAGCUGAAGAAGCCCUCUUAAAUCCGCAUUGCUUGACCUCAGAUACUGUGUCUAUUGAAUCUCGCGGUCGAAAACACCUGCUAUCCAAUUGUCGUAAAAUCGUGAAGAGUCUUGCACAAAAUCAAUUCUGGCUGGAACACGAACGUCACAUUUGCGACGUUUGUACCAACUUCCAGCAUACAGAGUCAGUACUUGAUCAACUUGUAAAUGAGUUGAAAUUAGGAGAAAUGGGAAAACUAUUUAUAAGUGAACCAGACGACUCAAUGGACCGACUAGAAGCUGCAUUCAAUUGGGUUCUGGAAUUGAUCUCGUCUUCAGAUGACUCUGAAGAAUUCGAGAAAUCUGUAAUUGACGACGAUGGAUCAGAGCCAAACAUUGGUAUUGUUUCGACUCUCUCAGCCGAAUUACUAGCUAGGGGCGUUCGACAAGCAACAAUCACUCGUUUGCGUUUUGCCGUCGCCCUCUAUAUUCUUUGGCGUCGUUGUAAUUGUCACUCUUACUCCAAAUUCGAAUUGACAUCUUCUUUCGAGAAUCGAUUGUAUCUUGUCUAUCGAUGCCUGGCUAUUAUUCAAUGGCUUUCCGUCACACGGUCUUUGCCAGAUCCUGAAAUAAAUGAUCUGAGACAGCCCUGGGCUCUUCUAAAAAUUCUCGGAAUGAAUUGUCAGCCUAAAAAAUCAGUUUCUGCUUCAAAUCUCCUUGAGGAACUCUUACUUACCUUCCCCGAAUUUUCUGCCGGAUUUCCAAAUGUGAUUUCUUGGCGAGAGCACACAUCAAAGAUUAUCACGAUUCUACAGAGACGUCUUUGUCCGAUUGUUAAUUAUGGCAAAACUAUGCUUCCGGUGCUCAAGUACCUACUUUUCAAUGCGAAGACUCUGGAGAUUUUGAAGUUGGCUAAAUGUCUUGCACCAAACGCCUUUUCUGGAAUCGACUUGGGGAAAAUGCUAACGAAUGGAGAAGAAUACGAAGGCGCGGCGGCCACGAAGACGAGGGUUGACUUGGUGACGGAAUCAUGGUGGCCAGGAGACUUGAACGCCCUCUACACUUGUGUUUUUCUUGCCUUCGCUUGGUCAAAAUAUGCGCACGAAGCGAUGGAUCAACACAUUGAGGGCUCUCUUUACUUAAGAAACCGUCUCCUUAGUAAAUUUCAUCCAUCGGCGUCUGAGUGUCCGCAGGAAUUAGCCAUUGACGAUUCCCUGGCUAUUCCUUGCUCCUUGUUGGAAGCUCUCUUUCCUGGAGAGUUUUCACUGUCCUCCUUGGGCCUAUCGAAGUCGGUUCUUGAGAGCCAAAGCUCCAUUUCCAUGCGUUACCUUGUCGAUGAGGUGCAGAUUAGAUACCUGAUCAAAGCGAUGACAGUUUUGGAACUAAUUGAUAAGCCCGAAUGUGUUAUUUCCCUGUGCGAAUAUGGUCUUGAGAUUAUUCGGAGUGCAGCGGAGGCUGCUCGUGAGGAGGAUCUACUGAGCUUUGGGGCCAAUCAGAAACUUACCUCACUCCUACUGGGCAACUCAGAAAUGUCGAUGGAUUCUCCGGAAAUACCUGUCAAUGCGGGAAUGCAGACAAUGGGAAGUCCCACCAAUCUCUUUCCAGUGUCUGCAAUUCGUACCGACGACAUGGCAUUCCGAACAAUUGCACAACACUUGUCUGAACUUGAAGCCGUCCUGCGUACUCGUAUUUUCCGUCAUGAGCUGAAUCUUGGCAAUAUCGAUCGGGCUCAUGAGUUGGUCAUGACUAAUCCGGACAAAGCUAAGCAACGUGACUGUCUCCAUCUUCUAAUCACCGAACUCUGCGACCAUAACAUGGCUCCUAGACUCGUCAACCUAGAGUAUGGACCUCUUGAGGACGAGCUUAUUUCAACCCUGGAAUCACGUGCUCGCGCUUCCGAUGUACUCCCCAAACCCCUUCCACGUCGUCAAAACCUUCGUGCACAAAUUGGUGAUGGUCAAACUGAUGAGGUUCAAGAAAGAGAGAUACCGGGAAACAUUUUCUACGAUGUCCUCUACGCCUACUACGUUCGUCGCUCUCGAUUCCAUUCCGCUGCAGAAGUAUGCUUUGAACAGGCAAUCCGCUUGGCUGAAGAAGCUACUUUACUUCCUCCUACACUUCCACGAAGAGCCAGAUUUGAUGGAAAUAUUGGCGAUACAGGUUCAAGAGCUCUGCUUGUCUUGCAACAUCAAGCUUUCUGUCUGGCCGAUUGUAUCAACGCGCUAGAGUUACUUCCAGUCAAAGAUCAGUGGAUUAUUCGACCGGAUACAAGUAUUGCUUUUGUGGAUAUCGUAGAGCCCAAUGAUUUGAAGGAAACUAUCUCCUGGGCCUUUUACGAGACGAACGAAGCCUUAGGUGAGAAUGAAGUCACUUCUGGCACUGGUGAAGUUGAACCUGAAAUCCCGAUUCGUCAUGCAGAGGGCCGAAAAAUCUUCCAAAUGGUUGACCUCAAAUACCAGUACCUUGUUGUUCAAGCUCGUUUAAAACUUACCCAAGUCUCUCGGAAUCACAGUAUUCUCAGAGGUGGCACCACUUCCCCUCCAGACCUCUAUUCCGCUCUUAUUGGAACUGCUCUUUACGAUGAGGCUUUCAAACUGCUUCUGGCAUUCAAUCUAGACCCUGAUUUGCUGAUUACGACAAUCGCAUCCCGCUGCGUCGCUCUAACUGAGGCAAAACAGUGUUCUAAUGACGGAUUGCUGCCCUAUCUUCCAGCAUUGACAAACGCCGCUUCUCCAUUGAGUAUGGAACGGGAUUUGGUCAUCAAGUCAAUUGCCUGGCUAUCUGACUACUUCGACCCCAAUAGAGGGCUUUUAGUGGAAGUUAAUCGAAAGAAUGAUCUUCUCGACCUCUACUGGUCACUGCUUAAAGUUGUCCUCACAAAUGUUCAUAAUGAAGGAGCUCUAACAAGGGGAUCAAAGUGGGAUCUGCACCUCCUAGCAUGUAAGGUCCUUCUGACUGGAUCUCUGAACCAACCGACCUCCACGAUUCAACUUCCUGGAUGGCUCAUGCAAUUGAUGUUAUCGAGUGGGCAGUCGGGUCCUGUUGUACCUCUGCUUCGUAUCUUGAUUGAUCACAAGAAGUUGAGAGAGGCUUGUCGUUUGGCGCUUGCUUUAUUGGCAUCGGCUACUGGACCAGAAACAGGACAGUGUCCUGCUCUUUCAAAGAAAGCAGAUUUGCACCUAUUGCAAUUGAAUUUGCAUUCUGCCCCAAAGACGAUUAACUCGUCUAUUAUCUACAUACCGCAUGGACUUCUGUUCCAUCUAAUGGAUUCACUUGCUGCUGUUGGACAGAAUGACGCUUCGUACUCCUACAUGCACAAGGAACUGGAGGCUUCAAUGAAGAAAUAUUACUCAACUCUCUCUUCAGUAGAAACUAUGCACCGAUCUGCUGUACUACGUUAA